AUGAGUCCGGUUUCAACAAAGGGCUUUAUGCACAGGUACGUGCUGCUCUUUAUUGUUUUCCUAAUCGUUCGCAAAAUAUCAAGCGCAGUUACGCAUUACACCUUGCCUGAAGAGAUGAAAGAAGGGACAGUUGUGGCAAACCUCGCCACCGAUCUCGGCCUCGACGUAGCAACUCUAACAAAGAGAAAGAUGCGCCUUGACAUAAUCGCUAACAAAAAAUAUUUGGAUGUGAACAAAGAGACUGGCGAACUGUAUAUUGUUGAGAAGAUUGACAGGGAGCAUAUUUGCAAUACAAAGUCGUCUUCCUCGUGUUAUCUAAGACUCGAAAUAACACUUGAAAACCCAUUACGGAUAUUCAACAUAGAGUUAGAAGUGCUAGAUAUGAAUGACAACGCCCCGCAAUUUCGAAGAGACGCCAUUCAUCUAGAUAUAUCCGAAGCAACGCCGAAGGGAGAAAGGUUUUCACUUAGUAAUGCGGUGGAUCCGGAUGUUGGAACAAAUUCCGUAAAAACAUAUUAUUUAAGUGAAAGUGAAUAUUUUAACAUCGAAAUUCAAACAGGAAGAGAUGGAUCAAAAUUCGCUGAUUUGAUUCUAAUAAAGACUUUAGAUCGUGAAAAGAAGGAACAACAUAAUUUAAUACUCACAGCUGUAGAUGGAGGAACACCUGCGCGAUCUGGUACGGUCAAUAUUUUCGUUCAUGUUUUAGAUACAAACGACAAUGCACCUACAUUUGAUAAAGCAGCCUAUAAUGUCAAAGUAAUGGAAAAUUCUCCCAUUGGAAGUCUCGUUAUUGAUUUAAAUGCUUCGGAUUUAGAUUACGGGUCAAAUUCUGAUAUUACAUACUCAUAUAGUUUAUACACAUCAGAGAAAACCCAGGAAACAUUUAAAUUAAAUCCAACCACAGGUGAAAUUACUGUAAAAGGAAUGUUGAACUAUGAAGAUUUUAAUAUUUAUGACAUGGAAGUCAUAGCAACAGAUAAAGGAGUGAAUAGUUUAUCAGGACAAUGUACCAUAAAGAUCCUAGUUGAAGACAUGAAUGACAACCACCCAGAAAUAUCAAUUAAAUCCUUUCAGAGUCCAGUCAGUGAGAACAUAGAGUUAGACACAGUGAUAGCUGUAGUUAGUGUGAGCGAUAAAGACUCAGGUGAUAAUGGACAGGUUGAUCUUCAUAUUCCAGAGAACAUGCCUUUCAAACUGAGGGAGUCCUCUGAUAACUAUUAUGAGUUAGUGGUGUCAGAGCCAUUAGACAGAGAGAAGGUCCCAGAAUAUGAAAUCACCCUCACUGUCACAGACAGAGGGUCUCCUCCUCUAUCUGACAAUGAAACUAUGACUUUGGAGCUGCUGGAUGUUAAUGACAAUGUUCCUCAGUUCUCCCAGUCAUUUUAUACCAUACGUGUCAUGGAGAAUAAUGCACCUGGCUCCUUGCUCAGCUCACUAACUGCAUUUGAUCCUGACCUCCAUGAAAACCAGUAUCUAGUUUAUUUCAUCAUAGAGAAGGAGAUUGCCAACACCUCCAUGUCUAUGCUGUUCUCCAUCAAUCCAGAGAACGGGAAUCUUUAUGCACUGAAAACCUUUGACUAUGAGAUUGAGAAGGAGUUUCUUUUCCACAUUGAGGCCAGAGACUCUGGUUCUCCUCCUCUCAGCAGUAAUGUGACCGUCCACAUCAUCAUUGUUGACCAAAAUGACAACGCUCCAGUUAUUGUCUCUCCUUGGCGCGCUCAUGGCUCAGUGGUGGAGGAGAAGAUCCCCAGAUCCACUGAUAAAGGAUCCCUGGUGGCUAAAGUGAUCGCCUUAGACACAGACUCUGUGCACAACUCUCGGAUUACCUACCAGUUUCUCCAGGUGACUGAUGCUUCCUUGUUCAGCUUGGACCAAUACAAUGGAGAGAUCAGGACUAUGAGGAUGUUCAGUUACAAAGACUCGCGCCACCACAGACUGGUUGUUGUUGCCAAGGACAAUGGGCAGCCUGCUCUCUCUGCUACAGUCACCAUCAAGCUGCUGACAGUGGAGACUGAUGUUAAGGCCUACUCUGACAUGACUGAGAUACCUCUGGAAUAUGACAUCUUUUCAGACAUCAACCUGUAUCUGGUCAUCGGUCUGGCCUCGGUGUCAUUUCUUCUGCUCAUCACCAUCCUGGUCACCAUCGUGCUGAAGUGUCAGAAACCCAAACACAGCAAAACUGCUCCUCCCAGCAGGAACAGUGUGAUCAGUGAGAGGAACUCCACCAUCGCAGAUUCCACUCUGGUCUCCAACGAUGCCUACUGGUACAGUCUGUUUCUAGCAGAGACCAGGAAAGGAAAGCUGGUGGUCAGACAGCCUGUGCCAAAGGGCUCCAGAUACAUCGUGUCCAGCAUCCCGAGAGGGACAGGACUGUCAGAGACUAGUGACUCAGCUGCUUCUACUCUGCAGGUGAGACACUUGAUGUGACUUAUAACUUGUACUCUUAAGACAUGUAAUAUUAAUUUAACAUACUGUAAAUUAACACAUUCCUGAUUACACACACUGAUUUCAUAAAUGUCUGCCGCCAUAUUUUUUAUGAAAUGCGUGGUUGGAGCAGUAUAUUUAUGUUUUAGAAGUUGUACGGAAUUUGUAAAGUUUUAUAACUUGCAAAUUUUAAUUCAUACUACAAAAAUAGAUUAAUUUUGAACUGUUCAAAUCUAAAUGAGCAGUAUUAGACAAAAGCCUAUGAAUUUGCGCGAUGUACGAAAAAAAAGACGUUUUCCUCCACUGGAAUACUCUACUGAAGAUUGCAUAACUUGGUCGUUAUUUUCUUUACUAAAUUAAAACACUUUUACACAUAACUUAAACAUCGACUGAAUUACGGAAUCUUUCACAGCGAGGCGCUGUUUUCCAUGCGUGGUUACGUAAAUUUGUGACAUCACGAUCGCCAUCAUUGUUUGCAAUGAAGUGGUGAGAACGGAACAGACCAGCAACCGCUCAGCUCCCAGUUUUGAUUACGCACGGAUUUAUAGGCUUUCCAGUUUAAAAACUAAACGGGGGACUCCGGUGUUUGUCGAAGAUCCUUUUCAAGGAAAUCAGUCUUCGAAAGAAAACAAAGAUCAGUGUCAACCAUGGAAGGUUUUAUCUGCUGUCUAGAUUGGAGAAGGUAUGUUCUGACAAUUUUUGUCUGCUUUGCUGCAAUUAAAUCCGCAGUUUGCAGUGACACACUACUCUGUUCCGGAAGAACUGGAAGAAGGCUCCGUAGUCGCAAAUCUCGCUGGAGAUUUAGGACUAGAUGUAAAGAAAUUGAUCGAGCGAAAAAUGCGCCUGGAUACCAUAGGA